CAGUGCCAGCCCCUCCCCUCCUCAGUUUCCCCCGUUUCCAUGCCGAGAAGCAGAAACCGGACCCCAACAGUACCAACCGAGGUGCUCUAAAGUGGUAGGCGAACGGCGCCAUGGCGGACCCCCUGAGUACCAUUGCAAACGUAAUAGCGGUACUCAAACUCGCUUCGGCAGCGACCAAGUACAUCAAAGAGGUCAAACAGGCAUCGUCAGAUCGCCUUCGCCUCCGAGAUGAACUCCGCAGCACCACCUGCCUGCUUGAGAUGCUCAAAGACAGGCUGGAAGACUCGCAAUAUUCCGAAGACAGCGACGCAGAGACGUUGAAACCCCAUUCAAUCGCUUCGCUUGAAGGAGGAGAUGGCCCGCUCGAAUUGUUCAGGCAGGUGUUGGAAGACAUCAUCAGCAAACUAGCGCCCCAGAACCGCCUCAGUCGGCUUGCCCAGUCUUUCACUUGGCCAUUUGAUAAGAAAGACGUUGCUGAGCUCGUCUCUACGCUGGAACGACUCAAGAGUCACUUCACCUUGGUCAUGCAGAACGACCUCGUCGAGCUCACAAAACUUUCUCAUCUCAAACUCGACAACAUUCAACGAGAGGUAGAGAACGCUAGAUCAAGAUCCCUAGACAAUGAGAGCCAAAAAGUCAUCCUUUGGGUCAGCACCCUGGCCUACCGCCCGAGACACCUCGACGUGCUCGAAAACGCACAGCCCGGGACUGGGACUUGGUUUCUCAGCCAUCCCACCUUCAAAGCAUGGGUCGAUGGGACAGCUGGCGACGUGCUUUGGUGCCCAGGAAUUCCCGGAGCUGGCAAGACGAUAUUAGCGUCCUUGAUCAUCGACAACUUGGAGCGGGAGCACGGCUUUCACGAUACCAUUUGCACCUAUGUGUAUUGCAACUACACUAAGAGACAAGAGCAAACUGCCGUAGCGUUGCUCUCGAGUCUACUACAGCAAGUCCUCCAACACAUCACCACUACGACUGUACCGGUGGAAAUACAGUCACUUUAUCAGCUACACAAGAAACACGGCACCCGGCCGACCCUCGCUCAGGUUACUGACAUCCUGCGGAUUUUAACUGCCAGCUUCUCCGUCUUUCGCGUUGUCGUCGAUGCGCUAGACGAAUGUGCUGAGUCCGACGAUGACGCCCUCCGUUUCAUAGCUGCCGUUCGGUCCUUGGGCCCAUCCGUUCAGCUCCUUUGCACCUCCCGGUUCUCAACUGUGUUUGAAAGGUACUUUGAUGGGGCUCAGAGGAUCGAGAUAUCCGCCCAGAGUGAAGACAUCCGGAUCUACUUAGACUCGCAAAUACAGCAGCAGCCGGGCCUUGCACGGCACGUCCGGGCUGACUCGAGCUUGAAAGACGAAAUAAUCGACGCCAUCGUUGGGGAAUUUCAUGGAAUGUUUCUAUUGGCAAAGCUUCACCUUGAAUCUCUCUCCAAGAAGAUCAACCGUAAGGCCAUCCGCGUCGCUCUCAAAACAUUGCCGACGACCCUCGACGCUACAUAUUCCGAAGCGGUCGAACGAAUCUACAACCAAGCUCCAGACCUUGUUGAGGUCGCUGAAUCGGUCCUGUUUUGGGUCAUCUGCGUCAAGCGACCCCUGACGGUGCUUGAACUGCGCCAUGCGUAUGCCACUCGGGAGCUUCCUGAUGAUACGCCUCUUGAAGACGACGACUUGCCCGACGGGGAGAUACUCACCAGCACCUGCGGCGGCCUCAUCAAAGUGGACGGAGAAUCGCAGACGGUGCGAGUAGUCCACUAUACUGCGCAGGAAUAUUUCGAGAGGUCCCACACCCAAAACCUCUACGCAGCUCGGCGAGACUUGGCAAGUAUUAGCCUUGCCUAUCUUACUCUGCCAAACCUUUCCGACGGUCCCUGCUCGACAGAUAAGACCAUGGCUCGGCGGCUCGAACAGUACCCCUUCCUGGACUACGCUUCAACCUACUGGGGCGAGGACAUUGGUAAACUGUCUGACGACGAUCUUGAGGCCAUGCGGGCCAGAAUAGAUCGGUUUCUCUUCAACAAGGGUUCGCUAGAAGUCGCCUGCCAGGUUCAAUACCUACCGCGCAUCCGUUAUUUGCGUUGGAGUCAGGAAUAUCCGAGGAACGUUCCACCCCUUGUCGUUGCCGCAGGUUUCAGCAUGCCGCAAGUUCUCAAGAGGCUCAUAACUGAUGUGGGCCUCCACGUCGAAUCCCGUGGAACUGACCGCGUGACAGCCCUCAUCCGUGCCGCCGUAUGUGGCAUUGCCGACAACGUUAGAGCCCUUGUUGAACAGGGGGCUGACUUAGAGGCUCGCGAUUACAUGGAGGAGACUGCCUUACAGAAAGCCGCGGGGAAGGGAGCCGUCGAUGCUCUCAGGACCUUGAUAGAUGUGGGCGCAGAUGUCAACGCCCGAUCACCCGACUGGACGUCGCUCAUGAGCGCUGUUUCCUCCAACAAUGUGGAGGCUGUCGAGAUGCUGGUUUUGGCAGGGGCAGACACUGCGACUGAGACCGUGUGGGGUGAAACCGCAUUAACGCUUGCAUUGCGCAACGGUCAGGAACCUAUCGCGAGCUUUCUUACGAAUCAGGGGGUCUCCCUUCCGCGGAAUCCCACUGGACGCCGUGCUUCCGUAACCGCUUCACGCAAAGGCAUGCGCGACCUCGUACGACGCCUCACAGCUGACUAUGGCGCUAUCGCCGCGAGGCCACUACAGCGCCAAUCAUCCAGAGUAGCCGCAGGCUUGACAAGGAUCCAAGAGGAAGCAGAGCCUCCAGAUGCAAUUGCAACACGGGUACCUAUACCAGGGCAACCCGCGCGUCCCGAAAUCGACGAGGGAGACUUCAUGGGUUUAUUAGAAGGACUGGAGUACAGUGUUGGUUUCACGACCAUGUAUGAAUUAGGGAAUUUGCUUGGAUCCGGUCACUUUGCAACAGUGCGCUCGUGUAUCAACCGAGUAACAGGCGUGGCAGCCGCUGCCAAAGUCUUUCACGACGUCGACAAGUGGGAGGGCUCAGCCGAGAAGCUGGCGUCUGUGCGAAGGGAGGUUACAGUCCUAUCGAAGCUCCGAGGAGGGUCACAUCCUGCCAUUAUACAGAUCAUGCAUCUUUUUGCUGAUUAUAACGAUCGGAGAAUACUCCUCGUCACAGAGCUGGCCAGUGCAGGAGAGCUGUUCCAUUUGAUCUCACGCCGCCAGAAGCUAUCGGAGCAGCAGACCCGCACAAUCUUCGUGCAGUUGUUGUCGGCACUGGAGUUUCUACACGACCGCGGCUUAAUACACAGGGACAUCAAGCCAGAGAAUAUACUCCUGACUGACGAGGAGAGUUUAUCAAUAAAGCUAGCCGACUUCGGGCUAGCCAAGCAAAUUCCUGACGAUUCAGGCCUCUGGCAUUAUAACGCGACGCUGUGCGGAACGCCGAGUUAUGUGGCCCCGGAGAUUAUCUGCAAGUCUCAUCUCCAACGGAAAUCCGGAACCCCGACAGACAUAUGGUCCUGUGGUGUUGUGCUGUACAUCUGCCUUUGUGGGUUUCCACCUUUCUCGGAUGAACUCAAAAGAGAGGACUUCCCCUACGACCUGGCCGAUCAGAUUCGGGCGGGGAUGUUCGACUAUCCGUCCCCUUACUGGGACCCCAUCCCUGAUUCAGCGUUGGACUUGAUUGACAGCAUGAUCGUUGUGGACAUGGAGAAGCGGUUUUCUGCCCGGGAGUGCCUUGAACACGUGUGGAUGGCAAACGAUGCACCCACGAUACUAGAAGGGGAGGGGGGCGUGAGGUCGGCCAGCCCUGAACCACUCAACUGAUGUACCUACACUGCACCAGAAGAACCAAGCGUCGAGCAACACCUUCAGAGAGCGCCAACUUACUGGCAUAAUCUCGGAACACAAAAUCCUCGCUACUACUUGGACGGUUCAUCUACUUGCGCUUUUAGUAUACUUCCGAAAAGUAUAGGGUGGAGAUGACCUACCUGGCCUUUGGUGGUCGACGGGAGAGAUGUUCCGGACGUGGUAAUAUCCUCGCUUCUGACGGCGGUGAAAAGGUCUUUUU